CAAAGACGACGAACGACACGGGUUGGACGACACGGAAUAUAGUCCAUCUUGGUAUCUAAUACAGACAGUCAAGAUGAAGCUCGUAAGAUUCUUGAUGAAAUGCGCCAACGAGACGGUGACGAUUGAGUUGAAGAAUGGAACCAUUGUCCACGGCACCAUCUCCUCCGUCACACCCCAGAUGAACACCGCUCUGCGAACAGUAAAGAUGACAGCAAAGGGCCAGGAGCCCAUCUCCCUGGAUACUAUGAACAUCCGCGGCUCUACGAUCCGAUACUUCAUCCUCCCCGACUCUCUCCCCUUAGAUACCCUCCUCAUUGACGACGCGCCGAAGCCCAAGAACAAGGCUCGCAAGGAAGCCGAGCGCAGCGCCGCCCCCGGCGGCCGCGGCAGAGGAGGCAUGAGAGGAGGUAGAGGUCGCGGCCGUGGCCGUGGCCGUGGCAGACCUUGAACGGGGCUUGUGGAGAGGCAUGUAUAAAAAUCUGGAAGAGAGAUUCAACCCACACGACGAAGGGGGAAUACAACCUGUCACGAGAGAUAUCAUGGCGCGAUAGGGCAUUUGGCGUUCUGGGAUGUUUGUCCAUUACGAUGAAAAGCAGAGAAAACAACGGGUUAUUUUGCGUAGUUUGCUAUUUUUGCGGCGGCAAAGAAUCGCCAGACUAAGCGGGACACAAAGCCAACGGGAACGAUUUGCAAGGCUCAUGAUGCAAAACUUGCUGAGGGAGCAAAUUAUCCCACCGACGUUUGAUGUUAAUAUUACAAAUCCUGCUCUAACGAUGUUUCCUGUUUCUAAUCUAUGCACCGCUCUUGUCCCUCCAUAUACGAAGUACUUGUAGUUUCUCCCAUCCGGCAGUCUUGCCGCUUGAGCCCACCAUUUCUGUUCGCCAACCGCCCUCUAGUUGCGCGAUCUUUUGCUUUACUUCCUGUGGCUUGUUUUGCGCACAUAGCAGCAGAUAUGCGCAGCCUCUUUCUGAAAGGAUAUCUGGUAUUUGAGAUAUUAAGCGGUCUGUAGUCUCCAUGCCGUCAUGGCCUCCGGCGUAAGACAGCGCAAGUAGGUAUGAGUCGUCGUCAAAUGACGGAUCCUCGGCAUCCUUCUCUGGGACUUCAGCGAGGAACUGAUCCGGCUUUACCGGCAUAUCAGGCGUUGGUACGUAUGGUGGGUUAAAUAUUAACACGUCGACAGCAUGCGGUCGAAAGCAAGAGGCGAGAUCGCCCAUACUUGAGCCGAGAUACAUGCCAUGUGUUGUCGGGUUGUCUUCGAUGGCUCUCUUUGCGGUGCCCACGGUAGCCCUGCAUGCAUACGCGUUCAUGUCCACGCCUGCUGUCAGAACCCUUCUGGUUCCAAAAAGAGUAUCGGCGUGCGCAUUGACAAAGCCAAUCACAACUCCAGAUCCGGUGCCGAUUUCGAGCACUAGAGGAGGCGGGGCAUUGGUAUCAGGUCUAAAGUGUUCUCGAAGCCAUGUCUUUUCGCUUUCUGAUGAGAAUGUGUCGAGGAGGAGGAAUGAGUCUUCUGCUGGCUCGUAGACUCGCUCAUAUGGGACGUGAGAAGUAUCCGGGGUUGGCAACAUUUUUGUAUCGCGGUUGGUUUAACAGUGUUGAAUAUAUGCUGGUGAUGAGGAAGAGCUUUCUGUGAGAGGGUGACUAUAAGUGGGG